AUGUCCUUUACGGAGCUCUUCUCCACGUAUUUCGCCUACCGCUUCCUGGUUUACAUCAUCUGGGACACGGGAGAAGGGGCCUGGAAGCUUUUCCGGCUCCAUCCCGGAUUCCUCUCCUUUCUAGUUCUGAUCCGGUGGACGCAGCUGGCCAUCGGCCUCCUUCAGAUCGAACAGCUGGGCCGAAACGUCGUGCCCGUGGUGCACGCCAUCUCCAGGCCGGAGUCGCUGUCCUUCCUGUUCUUCCUUUGCAUCGUUGUGCUUGGGUCCUUCCAUGCCUACUACGUGUUCCCCAUCAAGGAGAACACGGGCACCUUCUCCCACGUAAUGAACACCUUCUUGAAGAUCUUCCGCCUUGAGAUUCUCGGGGACCGGCAGGGACAUAGGGUUCGGGGUUUAGGUUAA